CUUACCUGUGGAGAUUUCCUCACUGUGAGCCUUGCUCACUUUCCUUUUGCAUUCAGCAACGACUUGAGGGAGAAACCUGGAACCUUUUCAGAGAUGAAUUUAUACAGGAGCUUUAGUAACCUUAUGGAGGCUUAUGUAUAUGAGGAGAGAACUUGUCCGGAGUCCCAAUGGCGACGGGAUAACACUGAUGGGCCUCAUGCACCUGUCUCCAACAUUGCAGUAAACCCACGCUCAGAAUCUGUGGACUCUGGAGUCGAGUCGGCCAGCUGUGAAACACCAAAUUCUGCCACAGCUGGUUCUUUGUCAACAGACAACACUGAAAUGGAUUUAUUCCUCCUACAAAGUGACAAUUUCGCUCCUGCUUCAACACCUCAGCCACCUGUUUUCAUGUCUACUUUGUCUUCCUCGUCGCCUUCCUCUCCAAACCUGCGUCUCAGCAGAGCAGAAGAGGCCUCCACAACCUUGAACCUAAAAGAAGAACCAGAACUACAAAGGACUGACUCCAAGAGGUGGAAGCAAGUCUAUGAGGUGCUCAGUCAACAGCCUAAAACUUCUUCCCUGCCCAAACAGCACACAUCUGAGUUAAAAAGGUGUAUAAGGUCAGCGAGUUUUAAUUUGAGGAGGAGGUUCGAUCCACCUGUCCCCAAUGGGCAAAUGUCAGAAACGGAGAGAAAACCAUUUUUAGUAGGCUCUGUCGAGCAGAUCUCACAGAGCUCUGUUGUUUUUGAGGGAAAGGAACUCAGUCCUGGUCUGUGCUACUUGGAAUGGGUCUGUCAAAAGAUGGAGCUGUAUGCCAAACAUCAAAUGCAAAACCAAGCAAAGCAGGCAGAGACAGAUACUCAACAGGAACAUGAAGAGCAAAAGCAUGAUGCAGCAGAUGCUCAGGAGGACCAUCCCAGGCUUGAAAAUGCACAGGAAAUUCCCAGUGAACCUCAGCAGCAAAAACCUCGCUAUUUCCGACAGAGAUCAGCUUCGGACACAACUUUUUCAAAGAUGCAUUUAAAAAAGUUUAACUUAAGCUCCAGAGGGAAGCGACAGAGUACGAGUGACCUACGAGAGAUAGAGGAGGAAGACGUUUUGCCGAUGGAAUCCGUAAAAGAAGAAUCAAGCAAGAAAAAUAUAAUCCAGAGGCUAAAACUUGGGUCUUUGAGAAGAGUGGCGUCUGCUGUGUCAGACAGUAGGAGCACACAGACGCAGUCUUCAGAGAAAACCACAACCCGCCGACGGCUGAGCCAACUGUUCAGGAGGACAAGGAAAGUGUCGCCUGAUUGAAUUAACAGUGUCGGUUUCCAUUAGCUAAUAUUUGGGGUUUUUUAGAGGAAACAGCCUCAGCGUCGAUGCUGCUUUGUAAAUGACUUCCUAACCUUUCAUUAUUCAGCAAAAUAACGUGUUUUGUAUAUAAGGCAUAGAUCAAGUUGAAUGCAUUACCUUUUCUAUUGUUAUUUUCAAAAAAUAAAAAAUAUCCUGUUGAACAGUUAUUUUUUUACAUUCAAAGCUAUGGGAUUUAUAGAAUAACGUUCAUUAACACUACUGUUUGUUCUGUGAAAUAAAAAUAUCUUUU